AUGGGGUCCACGCGGGUGACGGCCAAGGAGCUGUGUGAGAAUGACGACCUGGCCACCAGCCUGGUGCUCGACUCCUACCUGGGCUUCAAGACCCACAAGAUGAACGCCAGAACCUCCUUCGAGGAGGCCAACAAGUACCUGGCCGGGCUGCGUGGCCAGCGCCAGAACGUGACCUACGUCGGCGUCCACGUCCGGAGGGGGGACUACGUCCGGGUGAUGCACCAGGUCUGGAAAGGGGUGGUGGCGGACAAGGCCUACCUGGACAAGGCCAUGGGCUACUUCCGGGCCAAGUACCAGGAGCCGGUCUUCGUGGUGACCAGCAACGGGAUGGACUGGUGCCGGGAGAACAUUGACGCCUCGCGGGGGGACGUGUAUUUCUCGGGGGACGGGAAGGAGUCGUCGCCGGGGAGGGAUUUCGCUCUCUUGGCCCAUUGCAACCACACGAUCAUGACCAUCGGGACCUUCGGCAUCUGGGCCGCCUACCUGGCCGGGGGGGAGACCAUCUACUCGGUCAACUACAUUCUUCCCGAUUCCCCCUUCCUCCACUUCUACAAGUCCACAGCCGUCUUCCUGCCCGAGUGGAUCGGGAUCGACGCCAAUCUCUCCCUACUGUUGAAUGGGAAACAGGCAGAAUUGAACUGACCUGCAGGCUACCAACAGGACCCUCUGAGAUAGCGGCCCAGGCCCUGGCCAGGGAAGGGGGCAUUGGACAAAUCAGGGUGUAUCUGAGCAGAUGUUAGUGAGGUGCAAGAGGGAUCAAGAGGACCUGGAUUUGCUCUGCCGAACUUUUCCUAGGAUCCCCCAAAAGGGACCAUCUUGUUCCUUGGCUGAACUGUGACCAGAGGAGAACUGGGAGUCAGACUUAUAGAAGACGUGAAGUCAAGUAUAAAAAAUAUAGGUGUCCUGUGUUACAAUGGGUAUAAAUCUGAAGCUAGGAGAUGUAGAAAAUUGAUAAGGGAAGCAAAGGGAGAUAAGGCUGUGGAUAAAUCCCUGUAAUUAUCACUCUCAUAUAACUUUGUAUUAAGAUCUUAUCCUUUUAGAUAAAUAUUUGUUAAGUGUUCUUAUAGAAUCUCUGUGACAUUUCUCCUAUAACUUCCUAUUAAGAGAAACUUUCCUUUUUAUAUAGAUAGAUCUUGUAAGAGAAAAUGUCUUUUGAGCUCUCCCCUUUCCUUGAUUGUCCUGUUGAAAUGAAUGAGGUG